UUGCGAAGUAGUUGUAAAAAAGCGCGGCCUCCACUUCCACCUCUACAUUUGCCAUCACCUUCGCCUCCGACUCCGCCUCCGAAACUUGUACUUAAUUAUUCGGAUACUACUUUUUUAACUGACGCACCGUCAUCUGAACCACCUGAAUUCAAAGGCAAUGCAACUGAUCUUUCAAGAUUAGCAUUCAAAGCCUUUUCGUCAAUAGACCAUGCAUGGUGUGACGUUGCUUCGCUCCUCAGUUACCGAGUUAAUUGCCAUGGAGAACUAAAAAAAGUUCGCAGAUAUUUAGAUGAAGAGAAAAGCCUCAUAAUCUGCCGUGCUCUGUAUUCUAUUGCAUUGGAACAAACUUCAUGUCAUCACAAUCUCCCUAAGAGGGAGGAAAAGAAAAAGAAAAAAGAAACCAACGAGAACUGGAGAGAGGAACCAAACAGAAAAGAAAAAAAAAAGUGCAAAAAAUGCCAGAAGGCGAAACCUAAAUCCAGAUUCUAUAACCCAACCAACCACGGGAAAGAAUAUAAGUACUAUAAUUGUCUGGUUACCAGGAAAGCUUCAUGCCGAACGGAAAGACAUGAUCAUGCGCUCUACUUCCUUAUUUGCUUAGGAAAAAGUAAAUUUGUGGAGAUUGUGCUGCAGGCCUUCAGAGUACAAUUCAGACCAACUUCAAUGUAAAUGGAAUCCCGAAUCUUCAUUCCUGAGAAGGUACAUUUACAAGCUGUUGCUUGGGAUUUACCGUAAAAAAUUGGGUACUGUCAGAGCUACAAACUGAACCGAAAAUACUUCACUCUGUUAGUAAAUAUUAUGCAACCUGUCUGCGCACAGAAGGAUACAUGUUCUCGUUUAGGAAAGGGGGCACUCGAAAAGUGGUUCAAUUUUUCAACAUAGACCCUCAAAUUGAAAUGCUGGGGAUCAAACUUCAUAGAGGUACUUCUUUCCUUUUUCUCACUUGUCUUCUAGUGUGAGUGCGUGUACAGAGAGGGA